AUGGAUGUUUUUGAAAUAUUCUCAUCCGUUUUCAUGCUUUUAUGUAGUAUAUUAGGUGUUGUAUGUGCAUUUAUAUUUAUUGGUAUAGUCAUUUGCUCUCGACAAUGUCGCACAAUAACUAUUCUACUUGUUCUAAAUUCGACAGCGGCUAACUUGAUCAUUAAUUUUGCCUGUGGUUCUCAAGCAUUUUAUCAAUUGGCAAGUGAUGGUAAUGAUAGGUUAUGUGAACUGAGAGGUUUCUUUAUUCAUCUCGGAACAUCUCUUCUAUAUCAUACACUAUGUGUACAAGCACUUCAUCGUCUUUUUGUUACUGUAUUAGCUAGACAACGAUAUCUUCAAUCAACACGUGUUAUUAUAUUUCUUGUUAUUUUACAGUGGUUGAUGUCAUUGGGCCUAUGCCUUCCCAUGCUUCUGACUGGACACAUUGUGUAUCAUCCAAAGAGUCGCAUUUGUCAGGUAGCAAUGAGUGAUUUCUUUGUUCUUCUUGGUUUGGCAGUAUUUGUCUAUCUCUGUCCACUCAUAUGGAUCGGCAUAGUCUAUAUUCAAAUUGUACGAUAUGCAAAAUAUAAUAUAUCAAUAACUAUUCGUCGAUGUCUAGUCCAAAAACAACAACGUGAAGUUCGUCUUAUUCGUCGUAUUCUCACGCUUUUUGGUAUUCUUUUAAUUAUGGGUUUUCCUUAUUUUGUUUUCUUUCUCAUGGUUCAAUUUACUCAGUCACCAGCACCAUCUUAUGGUCUACGACUCAGUUUUGUGUUUCUUUCAUUCGGUUAUGGCAUUUGUUCAUUACUCAAUUUAUUAUAUACAGAUGACGUGAGAAAAAAUAUAUUGAAUAGAAUAAACAUAUGUCGAUGCCAUAAUAGACAGGCUCGAGUACAAUGUGUGAACACUAUCAAUGUUGCUAAUUAA